AUGCUGCAAGACAACAAUGAGAGAACCCCAAGUUUCCGCCGUGACUACCGUCGCCGCCGUCACCCACUUUCGCCGCCACCACCACCACCACCCACCUCCACCCACCUCCACCCCAGCUGUCUCCCGCCACCACCCACCUCCACCCUAGUCGUCACCCACCUCCGCUGCUACCAACCGUCACCCACCAUCCACACCUCCGCCCCCGCCGUCACUCGCCACCACCCACCACCCCCGCCACCACCGCGCCACAGCUGCCACCCACCCCCGCCUCCGCCGUCAACAGCCACCCACCCCCGCCUCCGCCGUCAACAACCACCCACCUCCACCACCGACCACCACCGUCGCCGUCACCCACCACCAUUGUCGUCGCCACCACCUACCUCUGCCCCCUCCACCACCCACCGUCGCCAACCACUGCCACCACCUCCGACCAUCGCUACCAUUGCCACCUAUCACCACCCACCACCACCGACUACCAUCACUCAUCACCGAUUUUAUUCCUUCGUCUAUUCUUUCCUACCAAACAACACAAAGUAA